GUCGACAAUUUUAUUUUAUUCAGCUAAUAAAAGACGUUAUUGGUUGUUCUAAAAAUUGAUUUCGAUCGUUUCAAGUGUUACGUUUUAUUAUAAAGAAAAAAAAAAUGACAAUAGAAAAUGAAGCUCAACAAAUGAUGCCACUUCGCAGCAACAAUGCACCUAUAAAAAUAGUAGGGCCUCCCAUUAUAAGGAAGAAUCCUCAGCAUAACCGAACUCAAUCUAUCUCUACAACACAACCAAUAACUCAAAAAAAGAAGCAGCACAACCGAAGAGGCUCUUUACCUACAGCUAUUCAUGUUGCUGAAGCAAAUAAAUUCCAUCAUUCUUCUUUAGAAUCACCCUUACAUUCCUCCUUUUUAUUAUCGCCUAUCCCACCUUUACCUGAAAAGGGUGCUAUUUCGAUUCAAAUUGCUAAUCCAAAGUCAGAUGUUGCUUCACAUUACAUUACAAAACAUGAAAAUACGAUUAAAAACCUAUCUUAUAUUCUCAUCUGGUAUUUUUUUUCUACUACACUGUCACUUUACAAUAAGAACUUGAUGGGACGUGAUCGAUUUAAUUUCAAUUACCCACUCUUAGUGAGUUCCAUUCAUGCGGGGAUUCAUGUUAUCAUUACCAGUCUUAUGAUGUGGUUAGGAGGAAAUCGUUGGAGAAGUACGACAAUUGAGAAUAUGCCAUCAUUGUUUUCAUCUUUGUUUAUUUAACAUCUUUUAUUAUUCUUAUUGGAAUUAGAUACCAUGUGGAGUAGCAGCUGC